AUGAACAAUACCUGGAGUGGGCUUCUCGUGGUCUCGAGAUUGAAAGGGAGAGAAGAGCAGGUGAUUCGCGAAGCUGUUGGCGAUCUUGUGAGGGUAGGCUGCCAGACCCUCUUGUUCUCUGGAAUCCCACCGAUUGACAAAAGAGAAAACGGGUGCUUCGAGAUCGGGAGGGAGAGCAAGAACUGGCGAAUCGCGAAACCGCCGGCGGUGUUGGGGGGUGGGCGACGAGGCAAAGCGACCAGAUGCCCAGACCCUCUUGUUCUUCGGAAUCCGAGCGAUCGAGAGGGAUAG